CCAGAGCUGGCCAUGGCCGAGUGGGGAGGGACUCGAAUGCAGAUGGAGGAGGCUGAGGGGAACACCACUGUGUUCUCCAUCCUGAAGUCGUACAACAAAUUCAUGUCCCUCUCUAUGGAGGAAUCUUCUGUCCAAGAGGCACCACAGUCUCCAGGCUCACUCCAGACACAUUACCAGCAAAUGAUGAAGCUGGAAGAGCAGGCUGGGCAAAUCCAUUCGGGCACGCAGCUUUUGCAGAUGGAACGGGAGAAAAUGCAGAUGGAAUUAAGUCACAAAAGGGCUCGGAUUGAACUUGAGAAGGAAGCCAACCUGAACGCCACCAAAUUUGAGCGGGAGGCUGAUCGUAAUCAGGAGCUCCUUAAGCGCAUCAAGCAGUGUCAGGAAAGGGAAACCGAGGUAAAAAAUGCCCUUCAGGAACAACUUGAGAUCAACAAGACCUGCCAGAAGAACAUGGAGACCCUGAAUCAGAAGCUGGAGGAGAAGGAGGCCAAGCUGACCGAGGCGAAUGAAACCAUCAGCGUCUUGAAGGGGAAAAUAUCGGAGUCACAGUGGAACACGAUGAAUCAGGAGAUGGAGAUGAAAAAGCAGGAAUCCCAAAACCAGGAGUUGACCGAACAGCUGGAUGUGCUCCACAAAAAAUGGCAAGAAGCCACUCAGCAUAUCCAAGUUCUUCAGGCCAAGGAGGAGCUGAUGUCCAAGAAGGACCAGAAGAUUCAGGACCUCGAGCAGAAGCUCUCCAUGCAAGAACAAGAUGCGGUCAUCGUGAAGAACAUGAAGACGGAGCUGGCUCAGUUUCCCCAGUUGGAACGGGAAUUGCAGCAACUCAGGGAGGAGAACGCCUACCUUAGGGAAAUGAGAGAAAACAACGGAUUGCUGAAGGAGGAAGUGGAGGGUCUCCGAAAGAAGCUCCAGCGAUUUGAAAAAGUCCAGGCAGAGCGGGUGGCUUUGGAGCUGGAGAAGGAGAAACUUCAGGAGAAACUGAGCAUGUGGGAAAAAGCGGACCAGAACAUGGGCUUAGAUAUCAAGAGUCCCAACGAUCUCUCCAGGCACAUCAUCGGCCUGCAGCAACGGGAGCUGAUCCUGAAAGAACAGAACUCUGCCAUCUCCAGCAGCGCCAGGCUGCUGGAGAACGCACGGAAACAACUGCAAGAAGAGUUGCUGAAGGUUCAGAGCCAGCUCCUGGAGGAGAAGAAGAAGCGUGAGCAGCAAGAAGCCAUGCUCAAGUGUCUUCAGAAACACAUGCAGCUUCUCAUCAAGGCCCGCGAUGGAAUGAGGUCCAUUCUGGAAUUCUACGACAGCGAGCUCAAUCCGUCGGAGCACUCACCGCAACUCACCUUCCGCGUGCGAGAAGCCGAGGAGAUGGUACAGAAGGUGGAGGCCCACUGUACCGAAAUGGAGGGCCAGUUAUCCCAGGCUUUGGAAGAGGCAGGAAAUCAGAAGAAAAGAGCAGACAUGCUGGAGGUAGAACUUCAGAUGCUGAAGAGACAAGUGUCCACUGAAGAGCCCAGCAACUUCCUCACCAAAGAAGAGCUGGAUACGCUGAGGUUAAAGAUUGAGGAACUGGAAUCCGAACGAAGACGGUUCGAAGAACAGAACAGAUCUCUGGAAGCACAGCUGGAACAAGCCGCGCUUCGGGGCUACCACGAUCCCAGCCGGACCAAAAUACUCCACUUCUCCAUGAACCCAGCCAGCCUGGCCAAGCAGCAGCGUCAAGAGGAGAUGGCGACCCUGCGGGAGGAAUGCGAACGCCUCCGGGAGAGGCUCAGAAUUUUAGAAGGUGGAGAUGCUGGAGGCACCACCACCACCACCACCAGCAGCAGCAGCAGCAACUGCUCAGGGAAACCGGAGGGUGGUGCCAAUCUCCAGUCCCACCCCGAAAUUGCUGACUAUUUGGAUUGUCAAAGCAACACUAAAGCUGCCCAGUUGCAGUGA